AAUAAUUUGGGUGUUUUUAUGCUUGCAGGUCAUGACACAACUGCGAAUUCUUUGGCAACAGUUUUAUAUCUUUUAGCAGCUCAUAAAGAUGUCCAACGAAAAGCUCGGGAAGAGAUCUUAAGAGUACUUGGUGAUGAUUCAACACCAUCGUUAGAGCAACAAAAAUCAUUAAAAUAUUUGGAUAUGAUUCUUCAUGAAAAUCUUAGAUUAUAUCCACCGAUUGCAAUCUUACCAGCACGUAAAACAACAAAAGACGUAGAAUGCCGCGGUCAUGUAAUUCCAGCUGGCGCAUGUAUCCAAUUAUUUAUAUAUGGAAUACAUCAUUCGCCAAAGCUGUGGAAAAAUCCAGAAGAGUUUUUACCUGAAAGAUUUGAAAACGAACAGCAUGAACAUGGAGAAUUUCGUUCCUGGUUGGGUUUUGGUGAUGGAUCCAGAAA